GGGAAAACUGUGCAAGAUGUCUGUGUAUGAGGAGAAUCGUUGCAUAAAAGAUAAUCAGAGGAGAUUGCUUGCUUCGAAAUUUGAAUUGAAAAGAAAUCUUUAUAAAGCCCUUGUUAGAGAUCCUGAGCUUCCUACUGAAAUGCGUGAGAAAUUCCAUCAGAAGCUGUCAAAGUUGCCAAGAAAUAGUUCUUUUACACGUGUGAGGAAUCGAUGUAUUUUCACUGGUCGUUCUCGUGCUGUUUAUGAGUUCUUCCGAAUGUCUCGUAUUGUUUUCCGUGAAUUGGCAUCGAAGGGUAUGCUCAAUGGUGUUAAGAAAGCAUCUUGGUAACUAAAUCAGUGGAACAUUUGUAGGUGGUGCUCUAGAAGGAUCGAACGGAGUAUUCAUUAUCAUCAAUUUUACAUAUCUUAUCAAAACUUAAUGUAUUUUAAAGUUUUCACCUGCGAUAAUGUUGAUACUUCUAUUGUAGAAUAAAGGGGUCUAUCUUUGCAAAGAAGUUUUUAUAUAUUGAUUAAUGGAAUUUGAUAUCAUUUUAUUCGUAGUCUUCCA